GCGAGGGUAGCAGUUGUAUCACGCCUGCUAGAACGUUCCGCUCCUCUCCCCCACCAAUCCUCCUAGCCAAUGAGUGCCGGGAUCUCUCUGACCGCCUGGGUUUCCGCCAGAACUUUCUACCCAGGGGCAUGUAACGAUGUAUUGUAUGGCCAUGGUAUUUAUCUACACUUAGUACCACGGUAUUCCGUACCUUACACAACCUGGUUACCCGGACUACCAGGGCUGUUCCUCAGUCUCGUCCAUGCAAGGUUCCCCCCCCCGCCGUCAAUGCGCCCGUCCCAGCUCCCCGUGCGUCGGAGUUUCGAAGGAGACAUAUCUACUAUCUUAGGUACUACUACUACAGUACAAGAGUUACCUCUCAGGCCUGUCAAGAACAGAUAUCGUUUGCUUUCUUUGAUUCAUCAUGUAGAUUUCUUCGAUCAGCCACCGGAGAGUACACGCACCCCGGAGGCCACAAUUCCCCGAUAGCAAUGAUAACAGCAAGAGAUCCGAGCGAAAAGGAAAAUAAAUGAAGCCAUCCAUUUACAGUCCUAGAAAAAAGAUACUAGAUCAAGAACAUACAGAAACGGGGGAAGAGAGAUGGAUGGGGAGCAUCAUCACCAGGGCGGAGCGGGAAAUAGAUGGUAACAACACGGGCGUGGAGCUCGCUAUGCGAAGGGGGAAAAGAAAGGAACCGUCAGAGGGAGAAGAAAGAUCAUUGGCAACACAGUGAUACAGAAAGCAAAAGCAAAAGUCAGGACGACGACCAAUCAAAGCACAGUUAGGAAAUGAUAAGAAAACUUUUCC